AUGGCACAACAACACCAGGAUGACGAGCGAACUCAUCUUCUCCCUACAUCGUUUGAUCGUCGGCGCUCGAGGUUGCUUUCAGUAGCUGCUGAGGUCGACGGCGCGUCUAUCGCUUCCUCCCAUGUCAGCAAGGAAGAGUUGGCUUUAGGUGAGACUGCUGUGGGCGAGCGACUCCCAUACAAUGAUUACACGACUAUCGACUGGCUUCAUGACCUGGUCAAAGACUCCUUCCGUUACCGAACCAUUCGCUCGAAGCCCGGACUACGAUAUAGGCUACUCGUUCUGUGGGACAGUGCUGAAGGAUGGGUAGCUUCUGCCCUGAUCGGCACUUUAACUGCAUGCGUUGCCUUCUUGGUCGAUAUGGCAGUUGCUAUUGUGAGCGACUGGAAGACAGGCUACUGUACAUCUAACCCUUUCAGAUCGAAGGAGAUGUGUUGUACGCCGAAACAUCCUUUACAAAGCGGCAGUCCUCAAUUCCUCGCUCUCGCUGAUGCAGGUGAAAAUUGCAAGGCAUGGCACCCCUGGUCAGAUAACUAUGUUGUAUCCUUUGCCAUCUACGUAGCAUGGGCACUACUCUUCGGUAUACUCGCUGGCUCUGUAACAAUGACUACGCGAGCCAAUCUCCCAGCUGCAUCUCCUGGUAGAGGUGACAAAUUCUCCUCUGAGCAGCAGAAAAAGACUGACAGCUAUCUCAAUGGUGCUUCAGGUUCAAGUCUCUCGCAAACCACGACAGGCGGAAAGACGAUGUACAUGGCCGCCGGUUCUGGCAUUCCCGAGAUCAAGACUAUCCUCUCCGGCUUCGUUAUACCUCAUUUCCUCGAUCUCAAAGUCCUGGUCGUCAAAGCUGUUGGCUCAACUUUCGCAGUCAGCACAGGAAUGUGUUUAGGAAAAGAAGGACCAUUCGUACAUAUAUCUACAUGCGUUGCCUAUCUGGUUGGCAUUCGAUUCAGAAAGUACAGAGAAAACAGUCGGAAGUUGAGGGAAAUACUGGCUGCCGGUUGUGCAAGUGGUCUAUCCGUCGCCUUUGGUGCUCCCAUUGGAGGCGUACUCUUUGCCUACGAAGAGAUCUCGACCUACUUCCCUCGCAAAGUCCUAUGGCGUGCUUUCAUCUGCUCCCUCUUUGCCGCGAUGACAUUAAGAGCCUUGAACCCGACCGGUACUGGCAAGCUCGUCCUGUUUGAGACCAACUAUGGCACGUCCUACAAGCCCUACCACUACCUGGUCUUUGUUCUGCUGGGUGUUGCAGGUGGCAUCUUUGGCGGUACUUUCUGCAAAGCCAAUUUUGCUUGGUCCAGGACUUUCAGAAAGUUCAGCGUCAUCAAGAAUCACCCAGUCUUUGAGGUGUUCCUUGUCGUUGCUGUCACCGCACUUACUCAGUACCCUAAUCCUUUGACGAGAGAACCAGGCGAUGUGAUCAUCAAAAACCUGUUGGUGGAUUGUGACAGCAAAGGAGACACAGCCUAUGUGUGUCUGCACGAGUCUGCCACUGAAGGUCCAGACGCGAAGUACCUAGGCUACUUAGUCUACGGCACAUUGAUCAAAUUGUUCCUCACGAUUAUCACAUUCGGCAUCAAAGUACCCAGCGGCAUCAUCAUCCCUGCCCUCGAUGCCGGCGCCUUCUUCGGUCGACUCGUCGGUCAACUCCCACUCCUAAGCAGCACGAUCUCUCCCGGCAUCUUCGCCAUGGUCGGAGCCGGAGCUUUCCUAGCAGGUGUCUCGCGCAUGACCAUCUCUCUCGCCGUAAUCAUGUUCGAACUCACCGGCGAACUCGAAUUUAUCGUUCCCAACAUGAUAGGCAUCAUGGUCGCGAAAUGGGUCGCCGAUGCCCUAGAAUCAGAAAGUGUCUACGAUCUCGCUCAAACUGUCCUUGGCCACCCCUUCCUAGACCUCGACGCGAGCAUGAAACUCGUAGCACGACGGCAAUACCUAGUCAGCGAAUUAAUCCCACCAGAACAAACCAUGCGACAAAUCACAGUCGACGUCGGUGCCAGCGGAACAGUCCAAUACGGCAUUCUCGCCAAGAAGCUCGAGCAGCUCAAAGGCCGAGGUCUUAUGGACGCAGGUCUCGUCCUCGUCCAGCACGGCGGCAUGCUAGUCGGCUACCUCGCCGAAGGAGAACUAGAAUACGGCCUCAACGUCAUCGGCGCAGACGUCGAUACUUCUACCAACGUGCGUCUUCUCAGCUCCUCACAUCCUGGUGCCGAAAACCCCGAAGAGAUUUCCUCGUACACUCCUCGUGUAUCCCACGACGACGAAGAACUAGAUCUCUCCCCCUUUGUGGACCGCACACCUCUCGCGAUCUGUGCCGCGUCGCCGAUGGAAUAUGCGGUCGAGAUGUUUGGGAAACUUGGAUUGAGGUAUUUGAUUGUUACGGAGGAAGGGAGUGGGAAGGUGAAUGGAGUGAUUAUUAAGAAGAGGUUGGUCAGUUGGAUUGAUGGGUUGAAGCAUGAGGGUGAUUGA